AUGUUUGACACCCUUCCCGUCGCCCUUUCUCUCCCCCCUCCCUUCCCAUCGCGCUCUCUCUCUCUCCGCUCCCUUCCCGUCGCCCUCUCUUGCGUUGCCCUCUCCCUCGCCCCUCCCUUCCCAUCGUGCUCUCUCUCUCUCCGCUCCCUUCCCGUCGCCCUCCCUCCCGUCGCCCUCUCUCUCCCCCCUCCCUCCCCAUCGCGUGCUCUCUCCUCCGCUCCCUUCUCGUCACCCUCUCUCCCGUCGCCCUUUCUCUCCCCCCUCCCUUCCCAUCGCGAUCUCUCUCUCCACUCCCUUCCCGUCGCCCUCUCUCCCGUCGCCCUCUCUCUCCCCCCUCCCUUCCCAUCGUGCUCUCUCUCUCUCCGCGCCCUUCCCGUCGCCCUCUCUCCCGUCGCCCUCUCUCCCAUCGCCCUCGCUCUCUCCUUUGUUCUGUCCCGUCGCCCUCUCUCCCGUCGCCCUCUAUCUCUCACGUCGCCCUCGCUCUGUCCCGUCGCCCACGCUCUCUCCCGUCGCCCCCGCUCUCUCCCGUCGCCUCGCAAAAUUCUCUGCCGUCUCGUAGUCCUUGUUCCCGUUCCCUUGCUCUCUCCCCUCCUUUUCCACCGCCCUUGGUCUCUCCCCUCCAUUUCCGUCGCCCGCGCUCUCUCCCCUCUGUUCUCGUCGCCCUCGCGUUCUCCCCUCCCUUUCCAUUGCCCUCGCUCUCUUCCCUCCCUAUCCGUCUCCCUUGCUCUCUCCCCUCCAUUUCCGUCGCCCUCGCUCCACCUCAUCUGA